GAAUUGGGCAGGGGCGGGUUUCGCUGAGAGGGACCAAUCGCAUGGGGUGCGGGGCGGAGCGGCAGGCGAGCGUCACGCCGAGGCCGCCGCGGGGCCUGCUUAUCGCCGGUUCAGCGCAGCCCGGAGUCGCCCAGGCCUGAACUCCUCCCCAGGUCCCGGCCCGGGCCCGGAGCCCGCGAGGACGCCAGAGGCCACCCCCCGGGGGUGGGGAGCGGAGCCGCGGGUCAGCUCUAAGAGCGUCCCGUGCUGGCCUGGCCGGCCCCGCCCCCGCCCCGGGCCAUGGCCCAGCCCUUGUCCCGGCCCCUCAUCCUAUCCCAAUCUCAGCCUUGGCCUCCGGCCACGCCCUCGCCCCGUUUCCCAAACCUGUCCAGGCCCCGGCCAGUGUCCCAGCGAAUGCCCAGGUCCAGGUCCCCGCUCCAACCCCGUUGUUCCCUGCCCCCAGCCUGGCCGCUAUCUCCGCCUCGGCCCUUGUUCCAUCCCUUGUCACAAUUCCCAGCCCAGCAUCUGACCCAGUCCCAUUCCCGGUGUUUGCUCAAGCCCCUGGCACAGCCCCAGCCCUUACUUCAAUCUCCAUCACACCCAUUCCUUCCAUCACACCUCCUGCCCUUGUUUGAGCCCCAGUGCUCAGUUCAGCGCCACCCAAAAGCUCCUUUGCCCCCAUCUCUGUGUUUGCCCAAGUCUCUUCCACUGGGCCCCCGCCUCUCUCAUACUCUACCCCUCUCCCAGCCUCGACUCAGGUCUGGGCUCCAGCUGCCGCCAGCCCUAUUGCUGCUGUUGCUGUUUUCUGUCCUUGGUCCAGGGGUUGGAGGCCUUUUCCUGACUGAUUAUUCCACCUGCUCACCCCGAAAGCUCAGCCCAUUUCGCUCCUUUGCCAGUACCGAGCUCUUCCACUUCCACGUUCCCGAGGACACGUUCCUGGCUGUUUGGAACCUCCUCAUCUUUAAGGAGCAGGGAGGAACCUUUGGGGACCACUGCCCAGACCAAAGCGUGACUGUGUAUUUCCGAUCUGGAGCACCUCCCGUCAUCAAUCCGCUGCGCACACACUUCCCAGCAGACACGGCUGUGCCUGGGGUUUUCUCACUGACCCUCAGCUGGACGCUGCCCAACAGAACCUCAGGCAUCUUUAACGUCAGCAGCCCCUUACCUGGGGACUGGUUCUUGGCUGCUCACCUUCCUCAAGCCCAUGGCCACAUCUCUGUGAAGGGUCUCCAGGAUGAAUGUCAGUACCUUCUUCAGCCCCAGCUGAUUGUCCGCCGGCUGCUGGAUGUGGCUGUGCUGGUUCCUGGCCGUCCCUCAGAACAAACCCUCUCCUCCCACAACCGUUCAGCCUUGUACAAGGUCUUUGUGCCAAGCUUCACAUACAGGGUUUCAGCCCAGCUGGUGUGUGUAGGGGGUCGAGGGGCAUCUGUCUGUCCCCUGACACUGCGCCUACGUCCCAAGGCCCCACCCCUACACAACUCAAGCUCUGUGGCCUGUGGAGGUGCCUCAGUGUGCCAGCUGGAGUUGGCCUUGCCCCCCUGGGGCCACUGGGUCUAUGUGCGUGUGGAGACACCAUCUCGUGGUCCUGGCAGGACUAUCCGCUUCCAGCUGUGUGUGCGGUUACAAGAGUGUCCACAACCCAGCCUGUCACGUGCCUUGGUCCCUGGGGCUGCCAUGAACAUGCCUCAAUCACUUGGCACCCAGCCACUGUCCCCAGAGCCACCAUCCCUGGGGACUCCUAUAGAAGGGUCUGGAGCCGUAGCACCACCUGAGCACUGCUGGCCAGUGCGUCCGACUCUGCGGAAUGAGCUGGAUACCUUCUCUGUCCACUUCUACAUCUUUUUCGGUCCCAGUGUGGCCCUUCCACCUGAACGCCCAGCUGUGUUUGCCCUGAGGCUGUUGCCGGUGCUGGACAGUGGGGGAGUCCUUAGCCUGGAGCUCCAGCUCAAUGUGAGCUCUCUGCUCCAGGAAAAUGUAACAGUAUUCGGAUGCCUGACUCAUGAGGUGCCCUUGAGCCUAGGAGAUGCUUCUGUGACCUGUUCCAAAGAGUCCCUGGCAGGUUUCCUUCUCUCUGUCAGUGUCACCUCCAGAGUGGCCAGGCUGCGAAUCCCAUUCCCACAGACGGGGACCUGGUUCUUGACCCUCCGUUCUCUGUGCGGGGUGGGACCUCGGUUCGUGCGGUGCCGCAAUGCAACGGCUGAAGUGCGGCUGCGCACCUUCUUGUCCCCGUGUGUGGAUGACUGUGGGCCCUAUGGCCAGUGCAAGCUGCUGCGCACCCACAACUACCUGUACGCGGCCUGCGAGUGCAAGGCUGGGUGGCGGGGCUGGGGUUGCACAGACAGUGCGGAUGCGCUCACCUAUGGAUUCCAGCUGCUGUCCACACUCCUCCUCUGCCUGAGCAACCUCAUGUUUUUGCCACCUGUGGUCCUGGCCAUCCGGAGCAGAUAUGUGCUGGAAGCUGCCGUCUACACCUUCACCAUGUUCUUCUCCACGUUCUAUCAUGCCUGUGACCAGCCAGGCAUUGUGGUUUUCUGUAUCAUGGACUACGACGUACUUCAGUUCUGUGAUUUCCUGGGUUCCUUAAUGUCUGUAUGGGUUACUGUCAUUGCCAUGGCUCGUUUGCAGCCUGUGAUCAAGCAGGUGCUGUAUCUGCUUGGGGCUAUGUUGUUGUCCAUGGCUCUGCAGCUUGACCGGCAUGGACUUUGGAACCUGCUUGGACCCAGCCUCUUUGCCCUUGGGAUCUUGGCUACAGCUUGGACAGUUCGCAGCGUCCGGCGCCGGCACUGUUACCCGCCAACAUGGCGCCGCUGGCUCUUCUACCUGUGCCCAGGCAGCCUGAUUGCUGGCAGUGCUGUCCUCCUGUAUGCUUUCGUGGAGACCCGGGACAACUACUUCUACAUUCAUAGCAUUUGGCAUAUGCUCAUUGCUGGCAGUGUGGGCUUCCUGCUGCCUCCCCGUGCCAAGACUGACCGUCGGGUCCCUUCUGGAACCCGGGCCAGGGGCUGCGGUUACCAGCUGUGCAUCAAUGAACAGGAGGAGCUGGGCCUUGUAGGCCCAGGAGGGACCACUGUCAGCAGCAUCUGUGCCAGCUGAGAGGGGCUUUGGGCCAAGCUCUAAGGGGAUAUGAAUCCUGCCUAGGGUUCCUCCUGGGGCUGUGGAGCCCACCUAGGUACAAGGGACAAGUUGUGUUUCUUAAUGACACAGUCUUUCUCAAGGAUGGCUGUUUUCAGGGACCAGGAGGCUCUCCUAAGGCAUGGAGAAUUUCUUAAGAGCCUAGAGUCCUCCUGUGUUUAUGGGGUCCUUCCUAAGGACGAGCUAUGCAGGACACUGAGCCCCUGAGGACCAGGGAGUCCCUAGGGGUGUGGAGCCCUUCCCAGGGGUAGGGAGCCCUCCUACAGACAUGAGAUACUUCCCAAGGAGACAAAUUUUCAUCAGCAGUAUAUCAUCAGUACAGAGGGAAAAAGGGUCCAUCCUGGAGAAACCAGA